CUAACUAGUCCUACAGUAUUUGCACUACAUUCAAACUUUUUACACCAAAAUGACCGGCUAGUUCCAGACAUUAUUGCUUGUAUUCAGAUUUUUGAAAUAUUAAAAACUUUUUGAAAUAUUCAACUUUUUUGUGGUCACACCAUAGAAGGUCAUGCAGGGAAGUUUCGUGGGACGUUUCGUGGAACGCUGUAGGACGCAUGCGCAGGUGUUCACGGUCUAUGAGUAGGAUGCACUUCCAACGGCACGAGAUUUUUAAGCACAGCUUUAUCGCCUACGCUAACAUGUUAGCGUUUUGCCUACUUUAGUUAACCUACGGAUGCUAUCCUGCACGCAUGAGUAGGAGCUAAUGGCACACAGCUACAACCACCGGUACAGAUGUAUGGACACACGGACGCUACAACGACCGAUGCAGAUGUAUGGACACACGGAGGAUAACAAAUAACGUUACAGAGUACAGUAGCUGUCUACAGGGCCCACCCGGCACCCCCGGCCGGGACGGGAACCCAGGUGUGAACGGUAUCCCUGGGACCCCGGGCAUCCCGGGCCGUGAUGGGCUGAAAGGGGAGAAGGGGGAAUGCGCCACAGAGAAUGUCCAGGAGCACUGGAAACCCAACUUCAAGCAGUGCGCCUGGAACUCCCUCAACUAUGGCAUCGACAUGGGCAAAAUCGCUGACUGCACCUUCACUAAGCUGCGCUCGGACAGCGCCCUGCGGGUGCUCUUCAGCGGCUCCCUCAGGCUCAAGUGCAAGACGGCCUGCUGCCAGCGCUGGUACUUCACCUUCAACGGGGCCGAGUGCACGGGGCCCCUCCCCAUCGAGUCCAUCAUCUACUUGGACCACGGCAGCCCCGGCUUCAACUCCACCAUCAACAUCCACCGCACCUCCGCAGUUGAAGGUCUGUGUGAAGGGAUCCCUGCCGGUCUGGUGGACGUUGGCAUAUGGGUGGGCACGUGCGCCGACUACCCCCGAGGGGACGCUUCUACUGGCUGGAACUCCGUGUCCCGGGUCAUCAUCGAGGAGUUAGUGAAAUGAGGCCUUCCUUUUCCAUACCCCAGCCAACAUGGGGCCCCCCAUAUUUUUACACAUUGUAAUUCACUUCAUGCUAGCACCCCUGACUGAAUCAGGUGACACUAUAUAUUCAAGGGCAAGCUUCUCUUCUAAUGUUCUUCAAGUGCUAAAAGGUUAUGGUUUAAAUAUUGAAUUUCACCUGAGGACCGAGACUCUUGUCACAGAAGGAGACAUUAUUACUAAAGUAUAAUCUGUGAUUGCUAUGUCAAGUUUGAGGAGGUUCGGUUCUACCUAGAGCGCAGAAAAACACAAUUUGCUUGGAAUUUAUAAUUUACUUUCAAUUAACUGGCAAAAUUUAUUUGAUCUUACCCACUGCCAUUUUAGGUAUUUUCCAAUGCCAGUUGUCUAUAAUAUUUUUAUUUAUCAAUGUUCAUAAAUUCUAAUAAAAAUCACUUUUUAUAUCGACAA